AUGGGCAUGGAAAUUGUGGGAAUCGCCCUGGGAGUCAUAGGAUUCAUCCUGGGCAUCGUGGUCUGUGCUUUGCCCAUGUGGAAGGUGACAGCCUUUAUCGGAGCCAACAUCAUCACAGCCCAGACCAUCUGGGAGGGCCUGUGGAUGAACUGUGUGAUCCAGAGCACGGGACAGAUGCAGUGUAAGGUCUACGACUCCCUCCUGGCCUUGCCCCAGGACCUGCAGGCCGCCAGAGCCAUGACCAUCAUCGCCAUCAUCUUGGGGAUUCUAGGGGUGAUGGUCUCCAUCGUCGGAGCCAAGUGCACCAACUGCAUCGAUGAUGAACCCUCCAAAGCUAAAGUCAUGAUCAUCUCCGGAAUCUUCUUCAUCCUGGCCGGGAUCCUAGUCCUCAUCCCUGUCUCCUGGUCGGCCAGCACCAUCAUCCAAGAUUUCUACAACCCCCAUUUGAUCAACGCCCAGAAGAGGGAGCUGGGGGCCUCGCUCUACAUUGGCUGGGGGGCCGCGGCCCUGCUCCUGAUCGGAGGGGCCAUGCUGUGCAGCUCCUGCCCCCCCAGCGAGGAGAAGAGGUACAAGCCUGCCGGCAUGGCCUACUCCGCCCCUCGCAGCGUGAGCGGGGGCGCAGCGGGAUACGACAGGAAGGACUACGUCUGA